AUGAACCUCACGACCCUCACGAACCUCACGACCCUCACGACCCUCACGAACCUCACGACCCUCAUGAACCUCACGACCCUCGCGAACCUCACGACCCUCAUGAACCUCACGACCCUCGCGAACCUCAUAAACCUCACGACCCUCAUGAACCUCACGACCCUCGCGAACCUCACGACCCUCAUGAACCUCACGACCCUCGCGAACCUCACGAACCUCACGACCCUCACGACCCUCACGACCCUCAUGAACCUCACGACCCUCGCGAACCUCACGACCCUCAUGAACCUCACGACCCUCGCGAACCUCAUAAACCUCACGACCCUCAUGAACCUCACGACCCUCACAACCCUCAUGAACCUCACGACCCAAAUGAACCUCACAACCCUCACAACCUCACGACCCUCACGAACUUCACAACCCUCAUGA